CCAACCUCACAGCCCCGAUCUAUCCUCAAUGUGUCCCCAAAUUGCCCUCAAACCAUCAAACAAGCGUCACACUCUUCCUUGAUCCUUGAAACGCGCUCCCAGACGUCGACACUACAAUCCUGAAACCCCAACGCUCAUUUCCCGCGUGAUGUCAACGCGCGUAUAUGACCGAGGCUAAACCACCGACACGCAAUCGUUCGAGGCCCGCGCUUCUGCAGCAAAAACCAGCCAUCUCCCGCGAGCCGUCGAACGCCACGAUCCUCGACUCAACCUACCAAUACGUCAAUGUCUUCGUUAGCGCCGGACGCAUCGCAGUCGCCGGGCGACAAAACGGCGCAACGCAAGGUGUUUGUCCCAGGGCAACCUGCUGCGUCGACUCUCCAUCACACCAUGCCGUCGCUCACCUCCCGCAUCGUCGACCUCGCAUCCAACCCAGACCACACGCGAUGGAUGGUCCCGCUACUGCUCGUCGCGGACGCUGCCCUCUGCGGCUUAAUAAUAGACAAGAUCCCGUACACGGAAAUCGACUGGAAGUCGUAUAUGGAGCAGAUUGCUAUUUAUCUCAAGGGCGAGAGAGACUACAGGAAAAUUGAGGGCGCGACGGGCCCCCUGGUCUAUCCGGGCGCACAUGUUUGGGUCUUCAAACAACUCUACGCGCUUACGGAUGGUGGGGACAACGUACUGCUUGCGCAGUAUCUGUUUGCGCUUCUGUAUCUUAUUACGCUGGCAGUCGUCUUUCAGUGCUAUCAAAAGGCAAAGGUCCCGCCGUAUGUCUUCCCGCUACUCGUUCUUUCGAAGCGACUACACAGCAUAUUCAUGCUACGCUGCUUCAACGACUGUUUCGCGUUACUGGGCAUGUUUUUGGCAAUCUUCUGCUACCAACGGAAUCAAUGGCAUCUUGGGAGCUUCUUCUACAGCACUGGGCUUAACAUUAAGAUGAGCCUGCUGCUGCCGUUGCCUGCGAUUGGCCUCAUAAUGAUUCAGAAGUUGGGAGGGAGAGAAGCAAUGACACAGGCUAUGAUCAUGCUCCAGGUCUCGAUUCUCUACGGGUACCCCUUCCGCAAACAAUCGCUUUCCUACUUCGCCAAAGCCUUCGAACUCAGCAGGGUCUUCCUCUACAAGUGGACUGUGAACUGGCGCUUCGUCCCUAAAUCAACCUUUCUCUCGAAACCCUUCGCUAUCGGCCUUUUGCUUGCUCACGUCGGCCUGCUGGUCUGGUUUGCGAAGUCGCGCUGGAUAAAGCCCUCCAAACGCUCUCCCCGCCAGUUCAUCAAGCUCGCUUUCCCGCAAAAAGAACCCAGAGAUCAAGACGAAAUGGCGCGCAAAGUGACGCCCGACUUCAUCAUGACAACCAUCCUUACUGCAGUCACAAUCGGCAUGCUCUGCGCGAGAUCAUUACACUACCAAUUUUACGCCUACAUCGCGUGGACAACGCCGUUUCUGCUGUGGAAAGCAGGUUUCCACCCCGUGGUCCAAUAUGCGCUCUGGGGCGCGCAAGAGUGGGCAUGGAAUGUGUUUCCAAGUACGCCCGUAAGCUCAGCGACUGUGGUCGUUGUGUUGGCCGUUACAGUUUUGGGUGCAUGGUGGGGUACCAAAGGGGAAUUUGAUCGUGCGGAGGCAUUUGAAAACGCUAUGGCCGACGACAAGGUCGUGUUGGGGUAUGAUGAGAAAACUACGAUGGGGCGCGCAGUUCUUCAAUAGUGGCCUCUGUCCGCUCUCAUUCCUCGUCCGAGUCCGCAGGCGGCAUUUUCCCCACAGUCGACUCCUCUUCAUCGCUGUCGGCGAUGUAUGUUGAUUUUUUGGCGAAUUCCUUUGG